AUGGGGGGCAUGGCCUCUUGCUGUGUUCCCUCCACACCGAAGCUUCAAAGGAAAGUUCACUCAAGACUGGAGGAGUACCGAGCGCAACCGGAACCGAGCCUGAAGGAGACUGAAAGCACACUGCAACACAUCAGCGACAGAGAGAAUAUGGAUGAGUUGGACAUGUUGUUCAGUCCUGCAGAUCAUCCACAGACCAGCACCAUGUUCCUCAGCAAGUCCCUCAGUGAUGUGACAGAAAAACAAAGGAUACACUUUAUACGUUACUAUGGUCCUAUCACUAGGUGCAAGUACAGUUCUUGCUCCACCAUCUUUCUUGAUGAGAACACAGUCAGUAGGCCACACCUCAAAUACACCAUAAAAUGUUUGGCACUGGCCAUUUACUACCACAUAAAAAACAGGGAUGAAGGUGGAACAACGCCACUCGACAUUUUUGAUGAGAAGCUUCAUCCUCUUUCAAGAUCCCAAGUGCCACCGGACUACGACCAGCGUGACCCGGAGCAGAGGCAAAUUUAUCGCUUUGUGCGUACGCUCUUCUGUGCCGCUCAGCUGGCGUCCGAGUGUGCCAUUGUCACACUGGUGUACCUGGAGAGGCUGUUGGCGUAUGCAGACAUCUCCAUGAGUCCAGGCACGUGGAAGAGGAUGGUGCUGGGAGCUGUCCUGUUGGCUUCCAAAGUGUGGGAUGACCAGGCCGUGUGGAACGUGGACUACUGUCAGAUCCUCAAAGACAUGGCGGUGGAUGACAUGAAUGAGCUGGAACGUCACUUCCUGGAGCUUCUGCAGUUCAACAUCAAUGUGCCCUUUAGUGUUUACGUCAAGUAUUACUUUGACCUGCGCUCGCUCUCAGAGGCCAACGACCUCAGCAUCCCACUGGAGCCCCUCAGCUGCGACAAGGCCCGCAAACUGGAGGCUAUUUCCAGACUGUGUGACGACAGCUUCAAGGACGCGCGGCGAGCCGCCGGGAAGCACUCAGCCAGUGUGGAUGACCUGUAUAGAGUCACAUGGGUUCCUGCCAUCCUCUCCUAA